UACCUCUUGGUUCUAGCAUCACGCUUCCUCUUCAGUCAGUUGGGUUACGGGGAGCCUAUCCACGUUGGAGCAGCAGCAGCAUCAACGCACUGUCAUCCUGUUGACAAAAUUCAAGCUGAGGAUAUAGUGAAAUCCAUGUCCAUAAUUACGAGGAGAAGUCCAUCGCAGAGCGGGCCCUGUGAUCCAAUCCAGCUCAACUCUCCGCCACCCUAUUGAGGGUAAACUGGAACACUGCCUGACAAACACUCCCCAGAGAUUCCUGAGCUCCAUCCUGCUUUUCAGGUGAUAAACCCCUGCCUUUGAGAUUCCUCGACCCUUCAAUAAUGGAGGACGGCUAUCAGAACAAGACAGCCUUUAUAAAGGGCGCCAAAGACAUUGCCAAGGAGGUCAAGCGCCAGGCAGGCAAGAAAGUGGGCCGCGGUGUGGACAAGAUGACCGACGAGUACAGCAAACGCUCAUACGCCCGCUUUGAGGAAGACGACGACGAUGACUACCCUGGAGUGCCUGGGGGGCAGGACAGUGGCUACUACCGGGGCGACAGCCAGGCAGCCAAUGACGAAGAAGGUGGCCACAGCGACUCCACAGAGGGCCACGACGAAGACGACGAGAUCUACGAGGGCGAGUACCAGGGCAUUCCCCGCGCUGACUCGAGCAAGGCUGCCGACGGCCUAGCAGGGGGAGAUGGGCAGCAGUUCAGGGACAUGGCACAGUUUGAGGGGGAACGGCGGAAGGAUCAAGAAGAGCUAGCCCAGCAGUACGAGACCAUCCUGCAGGAGUGCGGCCAUGGAAAGUUCCAGUGGACCCUCUACUUUGUGCUGGGGCUGGCCCUCAUGGCGGACGGUGUAGAGAUUUUUGUGGUGGGCUUUGUGCUCCCCAGCGCCGAGAAAGAUAUGUGUCUGUCAGAGGAAAGCAAGGGCAUGUUGGGUCUGAUUGUUUAUCUGGGAAUGAUGGUCGGUGCAUUCGUGUGGGGUGGGCUCGCUGAUCGGAUAGGCCGACGACAGUCCCUUCUCAUCUGUCUCUCCAUCAAUAGCGUCUUCUCCUUCUUCUCCUCCUUUGUCCAGGGUUACAGCACCUUUCUCUUCUGCCGACUACUUUCUGGUGUUGGGAUCGGUGGUUCCAUCCCCAUUGUGUUCUCCUACUACUCAGAGUUUCUGGCCCAGGAGAAACGUGGGGAGCACCUCAGUUGGCUCUGCAUGUUCUGGAUGAUUGGUGGCAUCUAUGCCUCAGCUAUGGCAUGGGCCAUCAUCCCACACUAUGGCUGGAGUUUCCAGAUGGGGUCAGCGUACCAGUUCCACAGCUGGCGUGUGUUCGUCCUGGUGUGUGCAUUUCCCUCUGUUGCGGCUAUUGCUUCUCUCACCACCAUGCCAGAAAGCCCGCGCUUCUUCUUAGAGAACGGCAAACACGACGAAGGCUGGAUGAUUCUGAAACAAGUUCACGACACCAACAUGAGAGCAAAGGGACACCCAGAGAAGGUGUUUUCCGUCACCACCAUCAAGACUGUAAAGCAGAUGGACGAGCUGGUGGACAUGGGAGGAGACAUAUCAACUUUGCGAUGCUAUAAAUUGAAGCUGACCAGCCUAUUCCACCAGGUGCGGAGUAACUUCUUGGCCAUCUUCAAUCCAGAAUACAGAAGGACCACCUUCAUGAUGAUGGCUGUCUGGUUUACCAUGUCGUUCAGCUACUAUGGGCUGACAGUGUGGUUCCCUGACAUGAUCAAGUACAUCCAGAAGCAGGAAUAUGCCUCGCGCACCAAGUUCUUCACCAAGGAGCGAGUGGAGCAUGUGACUUUCAACUUCACCUUGGAGAACCAGGUGCACCGCCAAGGACAGUACUUCAACGACAAGUUCAUCAACCUUAAGAUGAAGUCCAUGGUGUUUGAAGACUCAUUGUUUGAGGAGUGCUACUUCGAGGACAUCACCUCUAGCAGAAGCUUCUUCAGAAACUGCACGUUCAUCUCAACCCUCUUUUACAAUACAGACUUGUUCCAGAACAGAAUCAUCAACAGCAAACUGGUAAACAGCACUUUCCUACACAACAAGGAAGGUUGUCUGCUGGACUUCACUGAUGACAACAACGCCUACAUGAUCUACUUUGUCAGCUUCCUGGGCACAUUGGCCGUGUUACCCGGCAACAUUGUGUCAGCCCUGCUGAUGGACAAAAUUGGACGUCUGAGGAUGUUGGCGGGAUCAAGUGUCAUAUCUUGUGUCAGCUGUUUCUUCCUGUCAUUCGGCAGUACCGAGUCGGGAAUGAUCGCCCUUUUAUGUCUCUUUGGCGGCAUCAGCAUAGCUUCCUGGAAUGCCCUGGAUGUGUUGACUGUAGAACUGUACCCCUCGGAUAAAAGGACCACUGCAUUUGGCUUCUUAAAUGCCCUUUGCAAGCUGGCUGCUGUCCUCGGCAUAAGCAUCUUCCAGUCAUUCGUAGGCAUCACCAAAGCUGUGCCCAUCUUGUUCGCUGCGGGAGCACUCGCUGCCGGCAGUUUCCUAGCACUAAAGUUGCCUGAAACACGGGGCCAGGUGCUGCAGUAGCACAAUUCACCACCAGAAGGCAGCGGAGUGUAGCUCCCGACCAACCGUACAAUCUCAGCCUUUAGCAAUCCAACGUUGCUCAUUAAACACUAAAACACAGACUGUCAUCAACAGUGUCACAACAGUCCCAGAUUACUGAGAAAAUAUGAAGAUAUAAUCAUACUUAAAAUGCAGAUGUGACCCAUAUAGCCAGCACAGACUAGCUGGCAUCUUCACCAGAGCAUAAAAUAGCACAUUGGGUUUGCUUCUCAGAGACCCUUCAGAUUAGACAGAAUGAAAUCCUGCCAACAAAGAUAUAAGCUUAUAAACCACUACCAAAGGAUACAAAGAUACUGCUUGAUAGCUACAAUGCCUAAUGGGGAUACUUCCCAACAAAAGUGAUCAAACAUCUAUACACCCUCAAUUCAUCCUAGCACCCAUAUCUGACCCUAAUACCAAAUAAUAUGAGGUUAAAGAUGCCCUCCAACAGAUUUCCACCUGAAAAUAGCUUUCACUGUAACUUAGCUUUCCACUGAAUUUACAUAUCUUAUUGGCUUCCUCUGAAAGAGAAUAUUGCAGACAAUAUUUCCCUUACCAGGUGACAUGCACCAAGCUCCCUGCAUCAAAAUAAUUAUAUAGAUUAUGUGUUCAAACUUGGCAUUGAUACUAGUUAUUUUAUCAUAUAUAAAAUGGACUGUACGUGUGUGUUGAAGAUACAUUGCAAAGAAAAUAAAUAAUGACAGGACAAAUAACAGUUUAUUUAUUGACGGUAAUUCGAAGGGAUCGGUUUUGUUGAUAUGCACACAAAAAAAUGACUUUGUAUGUUUGUCCACAUCAAAUUUACAUCAAGCAAUGAAACAUAUGUCUAAAUAGUUAUAUGCUGUGUGUGUAUUAGGGAGAAAGAUGGAGAAAGUGUUGAAUCCUUCUGUAUGUUUUUGUAAUUGGUUCAAUGAGACUUCUGAUGAACUUAUUCAUGUACAUUGAUCUACAUUGAUAAAGUGCAUCAUUAUGGUUCUGUAAGGAUAUUGGAAAAACAGACAAAGAUGAGUAAAUAAGAUGAGAACCUAUUUAACACAUCAGUGGAGAUAUCCUUUCAUUUUGAAAGGCUAGAAUAUUGUUACUUUAGAAUAACUUUUAAUGCAUCAAUGAGUCCAGCAUUACAGCUCAUGUUUCCUGCGUCUCACAUCGUGGUCUUAUGCUCACUCUUCAUCAGCAUGUUUAACAUUCCAGUUAGCUAAGGCCAACAUGUGCCAUCUGCUGUCUAUUAAGACCUAAAGAACAUUACACCUAGGAGGACCAAAGUCAGUCGGCUCAGUCGUUAAACGAUGCAGUAUUAAUGAAGCACAAAUUAUUCCAUAUACACUGUUACUAAGCACAUUGUCCUUCAGUCAUGCAGCUCAUGGGAAAAGAACCAUAGCAACUAGUCGCUCACAGAUUCAUUUGAAGUGCUCAAUUAAAUCCAAACUGUGUUGUGUUUUUCCACAGUAGUAUAAAACACCAUUUUCUCUGUGAUAAGAAAUGUUCAAGUUAUUGUGUUCCCCCUCCCUCUCGAAAAAUCCCCUCAAAGGUAGAUGCCUACAGUUAUCAGAAUAACAUUUGUACAAGGGUAUGUACAUUGGCAAGGCAGGCUUGGUUGAAUCUAGCCCUAUGUCUUUAUUGAUUACUAUGUGCUUACCUGUCACCGUGUCCACGCCAUCCUUUCUAAUCUUUGUGUCACAAGUGUGGUGACAAUCAGUGAGAGAGCUGAUCUCGCCCUUGCUCAACUGUAGUGUGAGUGUGAUAUCUGACUGCAGGGCAAUUGGGCUUGUUGAAUGUGUAGCCUGCGGGAUUUCUCUGUUGCUGUGUGCUUGGUACAAGUGAGUGUCUGAUGUGGUGCUGGAUUUAUUUAUUAGAAUCACACUCUUUAGUGUUGCAUAUGUCUGUAUAUGACAUCUAUUGUUAUUUGUGUUUGCACAUAACUGACAGAUUUGUGUGUUUGAGUGAGUUUGCAAAAGAUAAUUGUAAAAUAAUGUGUUCAUGUUUGAGAGUGUAGUUUGAAUUUGUAAUCUCUGUUGUGCUCUCUCUCUCUCUUUCUCUCUCUUUCUCUCUCUCUCUCUCUCUCUCUCUCUGUGGGUGGGUGUGAGUGUAUGUGUGUGUGAGUGUGAGUGAGUGUAUGUGUGUAUGUGUGUGUGCGAGUGCCAAAUAUUUUUUUACUUCUGUUCUGGUGUUUUAAUCCCAAGAACGAGCACAGAUCAAUAGGGGCCAAUAUAACAUAUCUAUGAACUAAAAGACUAAUACAAUAGAUAUCUAGAUCAAUGUGAUGUUCUUUAUAGUGUGGUUUUGGGGAGUGUCAAAAUCCCAGGCAUUCUCCCUUUAGAUAGAUGCUUGUUGUUUCCAGCAUAAGAAUCUGGACCCAAGUUUUAGACCCAUCAACCUUUAAACUUUUCUCUGUUCAUAUCUCUCUAAGAUCAAAGGUCGGUGUGGCAGGCUGGUGAAAGUAGCCCUCACAGUAAACAGGAUGCUAAGCAUGCUUGUGGUGUCUGAUCUCUCUGGCUGCCCUGUAUGCCUGGUCUGUUUGUCUGUUUGUAUUGCUGUCUUAUGGUGACACUUUGGGUCUUUGUGUAACAGUGUCAGCUCUAUGAUUGCUUUUUGAUCAGAGUGGGAUGACUUGGUGCAAGUUUAGUCUGUGUUUUUUUUAAGUAAAACAUUUUUGGUGAUCCUAUUACUUUCGUUGGAAUUGUUGUACUUCUCUCUGCUUUCAGUGGGGGUUAAAGUUCCAAGGAGAAAAGAAAUCAAAGCAAUAAAAGGGACAUAUUUCUUAGGGAAUAGGCACAAGUAAGUAGGAAUUUCAAAAGGACCACCAUGUUUACGUCAAAAGAGCGCCUUUAGUCUAUUAAAGCUCAUGUCCACUUGAGAUGAAACUGCCGUUAUUGAAAUGUGACUUAAACAUCAACGCGCUAUCAUCGUACUGUGUGUAGAAACUGUAGAUGAUUGUACGUAUGAGUAUAAAAUAUGUGGACAAAAAAAGAUCAAGGAAAACACUUUGAUAAUACUAUCAACAUGACAGAACACUAUUGUAUGUUGUUUUUGUUUUGUAAAUUACAUAUAUUGAAAAAACAUGUGAAUAUAUUCUUCAGUAAUCACUCCCAUGGGAUGUUGAGAAUAUUUUACAGUGAUGCUGACCAGGUGCUGUAUGUAUUUAUUUUAUGUGAGAAUUGUUACUUAUGCUGGGAUUCACACUUGUAGGCCAUUUGUCUAUCCAGUUCUAUGAAGAAAAUAAAUAACUACUAUAGAUAUAAAACAAA